ACAGACAACUUUAUUUAUAUUUAACUGAAACCGCUUUCUCUCUCUCUGCGUACACAAAGCAAAACUGCCGAGUCAGUGAAACGGCACUCUAUAAAAAAAUGGCCACAGAGUUGGAAGAGAAGUUGAUAGAAGAAGAACUCGGGUACCCGAUUCGGCUCUCGGAGCAAGUUCGGGCCGCGGUGGACGAAGCCAAUUGGUUCAAACUUGAGUGUUCUGAAGUGGGCAAGCAAGUGGACCGGGUCUCCCAGAUGCUCCGAACCAUGACCCGGUUCGCUUCCACGGCACAGUUUCUUUACGACCGUCCUAUUCGGCGAGUGACCGCCGAGGUGUCGAAGAACUUAGAGCGUGCCCUAACCCUAGUCCGGAAGUGCAAGCGCCGGAGCGUUCUCCGGCGCGUCGUAACGAUCGUGAGCGCCGCCGACUUUCGCAAAGUUCAGAGCUUUCUAGAGUCUUCCGUCGGCGACAUGCGGUGGCUUCUCAGUAUCUUCGACACCGAAAACGGCGGCUCCGGCGGCGGUAUCAACCUCUCGCUCCCUCCGAUCGCCAGCAACGAUCCGAUUCUCUCCUGGGUCUGGUCUUUCGUCGCCACGCUCCAAAUGUCCCAGCUGCCCGAGAAAAUCGAAGCCGCGAACGAACUCGCUUCGUUCGCGCGAGACAACGAUCGGAACAAGAAGAUCAUCGUCGAAGAAGGCGGAGUUCCGCCAUUGCUGAAGCUUCUCAAAGACGGCGCGUCUCUGGAGGCGCAAAUUGCUGCCACGACGGCCAUUUAUAACCUGGCGAAUGACCAAGAGCGAGUGCGAGCGAUUGUGAACGAGCUCGGAGUUCAGAUUAUAGUGCAAGUGCUCUCGGACUCGCCGAUGGUGGUUCAAACUCAGGCGGCGAGACUGGUGGCUCGAAUGGCGGAGUAUGACCCGGUUGCUCAAGAGGAUUUCGCGAGAGAGCACGUGAUUAGGCCGCUCGUGACGCUGUUAUCGUUCGAGACCUUUGUGGAUGAUCAUAAGGACCAAUUGAGUAAGCAAAGCUUUCAUUCAAUUGUUGAAAUUAAUAAGCAAAUGGAGAAGAAAACAUUGACUAGACCGAAUAGUAGCAGACCUUAUUCGAAUUCGAAUUCAAAUUCAAAUUCAAAUUACUAUCAUUAUUAUUAUCAUAAUAACGAGGGGAGUAGUCGGGCCGGGCAGCAUAGGAGAGAGAGGGAGAAUGAGAAGCCUGAAGUGAAGCUUAGUUUGAAAAUUAGUUGUGCCGAGGCAUUGUGGAUGCUGGCGAAAGGGAGUGUGUUGAAUAGUAGGAGGAUAACGGAGACAAAAGGGUUGCUUUGUUUGGCGAAAUUGGUUGAGAAAGAAGAGGGUGAGUUGCAAUACAAUUGCUUGAUGACCAUAAUGGAGAUAACGGCUGCGGCUGAGUAUAAUGCUGACCUUAGGCGUUCCUCGUUUAGGAUUAAUUCACCGGCUGCCAAGGCAGUUGUGGAACAGCUGUUGAGGGUGAUUAGAGAGUUGGACAACCCGGUAUUGCAAAUUCCUGCCAUAAAGUCGAUUGGUUCAUUGGCUAGGACUUUUCCGGCUAGAGAGACCUGGGUUAUUAAUCCGCUGGUGACUCAACUUAGUCAUAGAAACCCGGAAUUGGCUGCCGAAGCUGCCAUUUCGCUGGGGAAGUUUGCUUGUCCGGAUAAUUUUCUCUGCGUGGAGCAUUCCAAGACUAUAAUUGAGUAUAAUGGUGUGCCGCAGUUGAUGAGAAUGCUAAGGGCCAAUGAACGGGCACAGUUGCACGGUUUGAUUCUCCUUUGCUACCUUGCAAUACAUGCUGGUAACAGUGAGGCUUUGGAACAAGCUAGGGUUUUGACUGCCCUCGAGGGGGCAGACCGUACUGUGGUUGCACAGCAUCCUGAGUUGAGAGAACUGGUUUCCAAGGCAAUAGACCAUCUGAAUCUGUAUCAAGUUGGUGUUCAAUCUCAAAUGCAUUCAUUUGUUCCUUGAAUACAAAACUUAAGAGUAGUGGACCCAAUGUUUUUGUAGGGGCAUUACUAUGCUGUUCAGUACUCUUGAAUGGCGUUGAUGCUUUUUGAUUAGAUGAAAACAGGGGUUAUAGAAACAUAUACAGUUGCUCAAUAAGGAAAUACAAUAGUUUAUCAAAUUAGAUUGUCUUGCGGAAAUGAAAUUAUGCACAGUUUAAAGCAGAUUGGUUUUGUA